AUAUUGCAUAUUCUGUGCGAGGCGAAUCAAGCGGAUUCAGGAGAGGAUCGUAUACGUGCGGCUGAGUUGCUGGCAAAAUUGCAAACGGACAAAUUGACUGGGCCGAGAUGGAGUCGUUUCAUUACACGCUAUUUGCCACCCGUCUUCACGGAUGCUCUUCGCGACUCGCCUCAAGCUGCAAUCUCGAUGUUGGAUUCAAAGAGUGAAAAUCCCGAGUUGAUUUGGGAUGACGAGACGCGAGCAAAAGUGAAAAUGAUCAUCAAAAACGAGCUGAAUCAACUCUAUACGAUGCAACAGAACGAUUUGAGUGCUAAAUGGAAUUCAGGUAACAUCAACGAUCGUUGUGCGUACGCAGACGUGAUCGCAAACGAGCUGAUAAUCGGUGGUGUUUUCUUGCGAUUGUUCGUGCAGAAUCCAUCGUGGCAAGUGCGUCAUCCAAAACAGUUUUGCACCGAAUUGAUGGAGAGAAUUCUGGAUUUGAUGCCGAAACCAACCGCAGAACUUCAGCUAGUAACUGAAGCUUUCGUUGCGCUUAUCGUCAAUCACCCAACUACUGUUGAUCAGUUGCCAGCUCAAGGGUAUUUACCGCAGUUCUGUCAAGCGAUGACAUCGUCGAAUUCGGAUGCGUCACGUUCGGCGAUUUUGAUUCUUUCACGUUUAACCGAAAAUACGUAUUGUGCUGAUUCGCUGGCGAAAUUGGACUGUAUUGGAGGUAUUCUGAAGUCGAUGAAGAAUCAGCCGUCGCUUGUACGAGAGUCAGCGCACGCGUUAAAGUGUCUAUUGAAACGAAGCUGCACUGAGUUAGCUGCGCAAAUGAUCUCGAGCGGAAUGGUUGAGUAUUUACUCAAACUGCUGGCCGAUCCGAUGCCAGGUGUUGAGAACUCGUCAGCGGCCAAAGCUGAGAUCGUGGAUGCGCUGAAGAGCGUUUGUUUGGAUUUGCAGUACGGUGAGAAGAUCAGCGAGAUGUUGAAUAAAUCGCCCAUAUGGGCACAAUAUCGCGAUCAACGACAUGAUCUGUUCUUGCCUGCACAGAGGACACAAGCUAUUACCGGUGGAUCAACGGGUAUCGCGGGUUAUCUAACCGAAGGGAUGUUCACGCCUCCGGCCAGUCAUUUUGCACCUCCGCCUCCAGUUGCUUCCGAUAAAUAA